GAGUGAUUUAGUUUUCAUUAGUUUGGGGUGAUUGUCUCCAGUGCUGGCGGCAGGGAAGCCAUGAAGUUUAGCUGCGAUCGGGAGUCGCAUGAUAUCGCCGGCGGUCAGUGAAGGAGGCGGCGGCGAUAGGCGAAGUUGAUGAUGAGGAGGGGAAAAGGUAGGAAUGGAUUGCUUCCGAGGUCCCUUCGGAUCAUAUCUUCGUGCCUCAAGAACGUGUCAUCCAACGCCGGGGCCGUCGCGAGCAGCGUCUGCUCCGCCACGGCGUCGAUGGCCGCGUCGAUGGCCUCCGCGCCGUCCGGCGAUGAGAAGGAGCAGGUUCUAUGGGCUGGAUUUGAUAAGCUAGAAACCGGGUCUUCUUCCUUCAAGCAUGUUCUCUUACUAGGUUAUUCAAAUGGAUUUCAAGUUCUUAAUGUUGAAGAUGCCUCUCAUGUCUCUGAGCUGGUUUCCAAGCGUGAUGGCGGCCCUGUCACAUUUUUACAGAUGCAGCCCUUGCCUGUUAAGUCUGGAACCAUUGAAGGAUUCAGAGCAUUACAUCCGUUGUUGUUGGUUGUUGCUGGUGAUGAAACUAAUGGCUCCGGUGUGGUACAAGGUGGCCGUCUGAGUACAUUGAUCAGAGAGAACAGUGAUAACCAUCAAUCAGGAAGUUGUGCCUCCACUUCUACAGUUGUUCGAUUUUAUUCACUAAAGUCUCACAGUUAUGUCCAUGUUCUGAGAUUUCGUUCAGCUGUUUAUCUUGUUCGAUGCAGCUCUCGAAUAGUUGCUGUGGCACUGGCAGCACAAAUAUUCUGCUUUGAUGCUGUUACUCUAGAGAACAAGUUCAGUGUUCUGACAUAUCCAUCACAAGCCGUAGCAGCUGGUAUUGGUAUUGGCUGCGGUCCAAUGGCUGUUGGUCCUAGGUGGUUAGCUUAUGCUUGCAAUAACCCUCUUGUACCAGUUACCAAUCGUCUUAGCCCACAAAGUCAUACUCCUUCUCCAGGUGUAAGCCCAUCAUUCUCCCCAUGCAGAGGAAAUUUAGUUGCUCGCUACACAAUGGAAUCUGGCAAAACAUUGGCUGCUGGAAUCCUCAAUCUUGGAGACAAGGGUUGCAAAACUCUAUCAAGAUAUUAUCAAGAGCUACUUCCUGAUGGUUCUAGUUCUCCAUUGCCAACACAUUCCGGUCAACCUGAUUUUGCAGGAAUGGUUGUUAUUAAAGAUCUUGUAUCAAAGGAGGCCAUCUCACAAUUUAGAGCUCAUACCAGUCCGAUAUCUGUCCUAUGUUUUGACCCUAGUGGUACCCUUCUGGUUACAGCUUCAAUACAUGGGCACAAUUUAAACAUUUUUAGGAUUAUGCCCACCCGUGCAAAAAAUGAUUCUAACCUAGGAAGUUAUGAUUGGACAUCAUCACAUUGUCAUCUUUACAAGCUAUCUCGUGGACUAACAGCAGCUGUCAUACAGGAUAUAUCCUUUAGUCAUUUUAGUCAGUGGAUAUCAGUCGUGUCAUCAAGGAACACUUGUCACAUAUAUUUGUUAUCACCGUUUGGUGGUGAUGUUACUCUCCGAGCACAAGAAACUCCUGGUGAAGGACCCAUUGCUGUUCCUAGUCUCACGUUACCAUGGUGGACGCCUUCAUGUUGUCUAUUACAUCACCAGUCAAUAGCACCACCACCUCCAAUUACAUGUUCAGUAGUUGGUAGGAUAAAAAAAGGAAAUUCAAGUUGGCUAAGCAUUGUUGACAAUGUUGCUACAUCUGCAGCUGGAAAGGUACCUCCAUCAUCUGGUGCUAUUGCUGCUGUGUUCCAUAACUCACAAUGCUGUGAAACCCUAAAGGUGCCUUCUAAAGAAGACUCAUUGGAAAACCUUCUUAUAUACUCUCCUUCUGGUUUUGUGAUACAACAUGAACUACUUCCAUCAUCACUUUUCAAGAAAUGUGAUGGCAGCUUGAAAGCUGCACCUGCUUCUUUACUCCAAAUGCAAGAUGAAGAGUUAUGCAUAAAUGCUGAGUCGGUCCUGUGGUGGGACGUAUGCAGGAGACAAAAUUGGACUGAAAAAGAGGAAGAUAUUUCUAGAGUCAUCUUUAAUAAUCUUCCAAAUAGUGAGAAUUUCAUGGAUUCUUCUGAAGAUAAUGGAACAUAUUCUAUGCCAAGGACCAAUACUGCAUCUGGAACAGAGUUGGAGAGAAGCAGAAGUGCUCGACAAUACAUUUCAAAUGCGGAAGUACAGACUACAACAGGGAAGAUUCCUAAAUGGCAGACAUCAACGAUUUCUUUCUGUGCAGUGAGUCCAUCAAGGAUUCAUAAAGAUCUUGCUAGAGAUAUAACUGGUGGAGAGAUUGAAAUUGAAAAAUUAGCCUUUGAUGAGGUCAAAAUAAGGCAAAAGGACUUGCUUCCAGUUCUUGAUCAUUCUCAAUCACACAGGAAUGUUAGGGAUGGAGAUAUCUAUAAGACUUCAUCGUCAGGAACUUUUCAAGCUAACAAUGAACUCAAUUAUAAUACAAUCAAAGGGUCAAGAACUGCACAAAUGUUAUCUGAUCUUCAUGAAGCACUGCCUCAUCAACCUGUAGGAUUGUACGCAGUGAAGUCAAAUCUUAAUGAAUCUGCUGAUGUUCCAUUUUCAGUGUCAGGACUUCAUUCAGGACACCUUGGUAGUCUCCCUGUCAUGGAUGACUCUCUUACUAAUGGUGCAUUACAAAAGACAAGUAACUUGCCACGAAAUAGUGGACUUGUAGAUGAUUGUACAUCUACCUUCAGUGAGAGUAUUAAGGAUCCGAAGACAUGCCGUACUGACAUUGGAUGGGAACAAGAUAAACUACGCAACUCACAUGAUUCGGUACCUUUUCCCCAAUAUCUCAACAAGGGUUAUUGUCAAGUAUCCAAGCUGGAUGACUGCAGUAUGCCAACUGAAGCUGUUACAGAUGCAAACAGCAAAAACAGCCACUACGAAAGUGAAAGCGAAGACACUGAGGAAGAUAUGGAUAAUGAUGACAUGAUGGGAGGCAUGUUCUUCAGUGAAGGAAUCUAGAAAAUGUUUAAAUUGCAAGCUGAUUUGUAAAUUAGCUUGGGGCUAGUGCCAAGUCGUAGAAGGCAAGAUUGAUGCACUCAUACAGAGCGGUGAGUCGCUGUAGAAAUUGGCAGUUUGACGUGCGAUUCGUAUAUACGACGAAAGGAAACAUCAAAGAAAGGCCAACAAUUGAGUACCCAAGUUACACUUCCGAUCUACAUUUGUUUGUUCCUUUAUUACAAAAAAAAAAAAAAAAAAAACUCUCUACAAUCUGUAUCUUUGGAGUUUUGUUUCACGAAGUUGGAGAUCUUGCUUCUUUUCCUGGAGAAGGAUUUUCCUUUUCUGGAGAUGGAUUCUCCUUUUCUGCACAUAAACAUAUUAUUAAUCAGCUUCCUGUGUGAUUAA